AUGUAUUCUAGGAUACCUGCUAAUUGCGGUGUGGGUGAACGUGUUUCUUGUAAACAUUCUUAUAUGAUAAGCAGGUUCUGCGACAUUGUUAAGGGUCUCCAAUAUGAUAAUGAUGUAGUUGGAGGUCAAAGGGGACGUAGAUGUGGUUUGGCGUCAGAAAUUUCAUAUUCAUCAAGAGAGUUUAUCUGGUGGAUAAUAAUGAAUAUUUGUACAGAACAUCAUUUGAAGAAUCCAAAGGGUAAUACUUCGGAAGCUGCUUCGAAUGAGAGCAACAGCAAUAAUAGUAUAGCUGUUGAUAACAAUGAGAAUGAAUCACAUUGUCAAAUUCAUCGAGAUCCAGAAGAACAAGACUAUUAUGAUGAUAACGUUGGUAGUUCUGGUAGCGGUUAUGAUAAUGAUGCUAGGAGUUCUGAGAGGAUCACCCCUAUUCAAAAGAUACCAGAUGAACAAAUGUAUUCUAAUUUUAAAGAAUGGACGAAAAUGGCAACCGAUAACAAAAUUAAUUCUAACGAUAAUUGUAAGCUUGAAUUAAUCGAUUAUUUUCAUGAGAUGACAUUAUUGAAAGAAGGCGAUUCUAUAAAUUUUCAAAAGACUUCACGUAUUUUGGAUAGAUGUGUAAAGAUUUACACUUCACGCGUUGAUUCUGUAGCAACAGAAACAGGAAAACUUUUAAGUGGAUUGGCAAAUAGCUCCGAUAAUGACGAUAACGAUGAUAACGAUGGAGAUGGUGAUGUUGAUCCUGGAAGUCGUACUCUUAAAAAGACUACGACGACAUUGGCUAAAGAUUAUAGUGCAUUGUCAAGAGAUAGCAUUUUAGAUGUUGAUUUAUUCGAUGAAGUCGACAUGAAUCCAGAUACGCGAUUGACAGAAAAAGACUUUGCCAUGGCUAUGGUCAGUAAUGAAAACGAAUCGUAUAAUUAUUCUGACUCUGCGUUCAUACGUAAUUGGGCGGGUCCUGAACAUUGGAAGUUAAAAAGAACAAAUAAAGAUAAAGGAAUUACAAAAAUUGGAGAGACAAGGGAGAGAAAGAAAAAGGAACCGGAUUAUAUUGAUUUUAUUGGAUCAGAGGAUAUGGACGAGCGAGUCCUUUUUGCACCUGGGGGAAAUGAGAUAAAUGCGCCCAAGUUUGCUGAGGAAGUAUCACAUGGUCACCUACUUCCCGACGAUAUGCAUUUUUCGUCAAAGCAAUUCAAUCAUUUAUUCUUAAAACCUAAAUUUAUGCUUAACUCGAAACACCAAUAUAAAGCACAGCCCGAGCCCGAUUCCGAUGAUGAAGCUUUAUCGGAUAUGACUAUCUACACUACUGAAGAUGGUUUUUACAACGAUUAUGAUUAUGAUGACGACUCAGAGAGCGAAUUUGGUGAUAAUUUGGUAAUUCAGACAAAGAUAAAUAAACCCGAGUCUAUCAAAUACGCCAAGGUAUCAAAAAGAACCGAUGUUAAGAAAUUGAAGGAAAAUAUAUGGAAAAUGUUAGCUGACAAUACGACAUUUUCGGGAGUUACUUGUGAUCUAAAGAAAGAAUAUCCUCAAAUAGAGAUGAAAGAUAUUUCGGUACCGUUAUGUUUUGUUAGUUUAUUACAUUUAGCAAACGAGAAAAAUCUGGAAAUUUCAAAUAAUGAUGAAUUAACAAACUUACAUAUUGUUAAUUAA